CAAUUCAUUCGCCAUUCAGACAAAUCUGUGCUUUUGCGCUACCACAGUGACACAAUUACCGCUUAGCAAAGCAAUUGCGUGGGAGCGCUUUUUUGUUGCUUGUAUUGCUGUCGCUCAGGGGGAAAUUGAAAGUUUGGCGAUAACAAAGUAAGAAAAUUAAAUAAAUAAUUUCAUUGAAAUCAGCUGUAAAGCAUAUGCGUUGCGUUAAUUUGCUCGUUGAACUCGUCAAAUGAUAAAUAUGUUUGCACUUACAUACAUACAUACAUAUAUGCAUACAUACACAUGUUUUUAUGUCAGCAUAUGCAAACCGCUUUGCAUCACAACCGGCUGCGCGCGUUCGAUCACCUUCUGUGCGCGUGUGUUAUCCGUGUGUAGCUGUUGCGUUGGUGCGGUAGUAUUAUUGACGCCGCCGUCACGAUAAACCAGGCAAUAUUUUCAAAAAUUUAUGUUCUUCUCCAACCAGUGCGCCAUGAAAUGAAAACCCAAAACACCACAUCAGCAAACAUGCACAGAGCAGACAAGCAAGCCGCGCAGUUACUAACCUCGGCCUGGUGCGAGCUUUGAAGUGAAACACGCUGUCAACAGCGUGCUAAUUGCAAUUGUUGCUGUUUUCACACUGAUCUACUACGAAUCAAGCCAGCGACUUUGUUGGCGAGACCGCAUCAGCUUAAAUUUGUUGCGAUCAUUACCACAUAAUUAUGUAUGUAUGCUGGUGUGCACAAACACGCCAACAUGUGUGUAUAUGUAAUCAUGUUUGGUGAGUGUUUGUUGGUGUUAGUUAAUGUGUCAAUGGGUCGUUUGCAGCAACGCUGCUCGUCAUUGAGAACCUGCGCUGUCGCGCGCCAUAGCAGCACUUAUAUUGCGAUCACAUUUAAGGGGAUUAGGCGCAGCGUGCUGGGAAAUGAAGAAAUAGCAACAAUGCUGUUGACAAGUAUUUCCAUAUGGCAACGCGCACACAUGUGCUUGAAAGCUUCAACACAGUUUGACAUACGCAUAUGCAUAUAAGCAAACAUAGAUCAAAGCAAUUUUGUGAAAUCCGAGUGUUCGUGCGUCCUCUCGCAUUACAAUCACCACGCUCCAAUUAGCAAUAACAACAAAAGUGGAAUAAUAAUAAUUAGUUUAGCCGCAAAUGCCAAUCCAAAUAAACUUAUAAGUAUGUAUGUACGUGUAUUAGUGAGAAGGGGGCUACUGUGAAAAGUAAAUUAAAAAUUUAGUGAAACAUUGCCAACCACAACAAUUGCUACAAACACUACAACAACAGCAACAAUAAACAAUAUUGUUUUACUAGCACUUAAUGAGAUAACCGCAAUAGUAGUAGAUAAAACAGACGACAAGUGUACAAACGUGCAUGUCUACUUAAAUAUAUUGUAAACAAACCGAUCGCUACAUUAAUACAUAUAUGUAUAUAAUAUUAGUGAAUAUACAUACAUAUGUAUGUAGUUGUUUGUGUAAGUGUGCUCACGUUAAUAAUUUAAAACAAUAUAAGCGCAGCGUGUCGCUUACACGCGGCAGACUCCAAUUGGCUUUAACCUCGUGAAAACUAGCAGCAUAUGUGCCGACUGAACAGGCGCUGUUCGCGACUACGUCUAAUGAAAACGCGUUGGCUGGUGCAGGGGGAGGUAUUUGUUAAGCGCUAUAAAACGAUCAGCCAAGGUGAAAAUAAUGUGCGCGAUAGUGAGCUUGUCGUAAUUCGCGCGCGUCAAACAGCUGGAGCGGCGCUUGUGAAUAUAGCUCCUGUACGCGGUUAGAUCAACCGCUGGCGACGCAGGCAAGGCGCGAUAUUGACGCGAUCAGUGCAGCGAUCGACGCGUUAAACUGAACUGACGCGUUCAUAAACAUAAGUGUGUAUAUAUCUGUGUGCGCUAGCUCAUGCGCCUGUAGCUUCAUCCAGAUUAACAGGUGCUGCUGUCGCAUAUGAGUGUAUCUGAGGCUGUCAAGUGACGCACGCCACACUUUAAGCGCAUAGUUCGCGUUCCAAGAAGUGUUUGUAAAACGUAUUGAUCUGCGCGAAUUACUCAUUCUCAGCGUCAGCGUGUGAACGUAGAAUCAGUUUCGUGUCAUCGUGUAUCAUAGGUCUCGCGCAGCGUACUACUCAUAGCACUCCGUACAGCGUCAUAGCAAUUUCAUGCUAAUUAGCAAAAAAUUAACGUUUAUACCGAAAAAUCCUUUUAAUUAAGUGUUAGCUUAAAGUGAAUGUGAGCAGACAGCGACGCUGGUGAUUAUUAUACUCGCGCGGCUAAACUUCGUAAAUUUCUCAAGUCCCAGCAUAUACUAUCGAUCACCGCGCGCGUUAAGCGUCUAAUUGUCUGGUGACUGCCGUGCGUCAGCAGCGUUUAGCAGCUGCGGUCGAUGGUCUUUUCUGCGUCAGUGGCUGCACGAUUGUGAAAAUGCCCAUUAUUAACAACAAUAAUAACAAAGAUAUCUGCGCACAGUGAAAAACAAAAAAAAAAAAACAACGCUGACAUGGCUUGGUCACAGCUAAUCGCUGACAUUUGCGUCAUGUAGUCUUGUGUCUUGACGUCAUUUGGCGUUGUGCAGCCAAUGUGAAUUGCAAACAGUGUAUGUCGACUGCAAGCCCCAUUGAACACUAUACGCAGAGAAGCGUUCAAAAGCAAAACGAAUUGCUGAGUGCGUACGCACCCAAUCAAAAAGAAUGAGCAAAUUACCGACAAACAAGAAAAACAAUAUCAGCGAUAAGCGUAACCAAGUGGCUGACAAACUACAUGCUAAAUUCCAGCCUUUGUUGGCGCGAAGAAUGGGCAGCCACAACAGUCGGCGAAGCACUGGAACUACUACAACUAACCCAACUGCCACCGCAAUAGCUUCAGACGCCUAUAUUCGUAAGAAAAACGCGCGCAUAACUCAGAGAUCCACACAAACGAGCUUUGCGGCAAAAACCAGCGUUGAUACUCAAAUGACAGCCACCUUUACCGGUAGCACAUCCGAUUCUUUGGCUCAUUGUGUGGCGAGCGAAGCACUUACUUCCGCGCACAUUCCACCAGCCUCGUUGCAUGCCAUCACCGUGAAUGAGCAUUGGGAUCUAAUUGACAGAGCGGUAGACGAUGCGUGCGGAGCAGCGAUCGCGGAUGACAUGCUCGGUUGGACUGACAUUGUUGGCGAAGAGCUCUCGUUACACUCAGCGCCUAUACUAAGUGCUAUUUAUGCCACAAGAGAGGCAAUAGACGCAAAUAAAACGGUAAGGGAUGCCACGGAUACGAAAAUAGCCACAACAGAAACGCGCACGGCGGCUUUGACAGUUGCGCGACCGUCGUGUUCACCUACAACAACGAUAAAAACGCGAGCGACGUGCGGAGCGUUAGCGGUAAGCCAAUUAACGAAGGAAAAACAGAGUAAAGCAAGCACCACUACAAUGACACAUGCGGUGACGACGGCGACUACAACAACGACGAAUGAACAAACGCCGAUGGCAGCAGUGGCGACGGCACGGGAAGUUGCGCAUUCGUCUGUUACACGACGAACACAAUCGGCAGCUCGUUUGACGUCGCCGUCGAAAAUGGGAGACGAACAGGUGAAAGGGGUGUUGUCGGCGGUAGAUGCGAAAUCAAAAUUCACUGAAAAUAAAUGUCCGCUGGUUGCGCUAACGAAUGUUAGUAAUCAGAGAAAAGUUGAAGCGAGCACUACGAUAUCAGAAGCAAAGCAGUGUACGUUUAACAGCAACAACAUCAACCUAAGCGAAUACAACGGCAGAACAAGUGAAGUAAACGUAUCGAGCAACAAGUGGCCUGCAGUUGUCAGUUUAGUCAACUCGGAGUAUGAUCCUGCUUGUAAGACAAGAGCACGCGCAGACACAAGCACCAACAACAAUAGUAAGGAUAUAAUAAGGGCACUGAAUUUGGCAGCGCGAAAGGCCAAACUGAAGUCGGAAUUUUUUAGAGAUUUCGAAUCGCAAGCUCCAACAGUCAAACGUUUAACCCAAUCAUCGACACUAAUUAAUGAUUGUGGCAUAUCGUGUAAAAAGCAGGAGCAUUUUCAACAAUCACAGUUGAACGCAGUUCACCAACUUGAUCCACACAUUGAAGUACCAACGAUAGCCGUGAACACAGCCGAAAUUCACUCAGCUACAUCUUUAGUUGCGAGACGCAAAUUCGAUUUAAAGAAAAAAUUUGAAAAACAAAACGCGAUAAGGACGUCUUACCCCUUGGCACACACGCAUCACGGCUUGAUUGAUACAGGCGGUGCAUUUCCACGUGUGGAAGACUUAGUACAAAAAUUCGAAAGUCAGUCAACGAGAUUUGCUAGGAAAAUGAUAGUGCAACCAAACAAAACCAGCGAGACAGGCGACAGCAACAUGUUGUCCUUGAAGCCAGACAGAUUGGAGCAGCGCAACAGUCCACUUUCGGACGAGGGUUGCAACCUUGGACAGAGUCCUUACUCAUCAGACAAUGAGGACAACGAGUCCGCGCACACCACUUCAGCGGUUGGGCAAGCAAAGCGCAAGGAUAAAGUGGCACGCUCUGCCAGCAGUGAUUCGGCGCUCGGUUUGGACGUUGACGAGUCAAUGGACACAACACCCGCACAGCCACCGGUCGGCCCACAACAGCGAAGAAUGACACUCACCGUUACGGAUUUGCCACUGCGACCGGCGCUUUUGCCACUAGCAGAACCCACCGCACUGCCAGACAACACGAUCAUCGAGCUACCACCAACUAUCAACAAUCCACCAGCCCAGGCUACGGUGCCCAGCAAGGUGUUGUUGGAGGAACGCGUCGUAGAGCUACCGGAAGACCCGCGUUCUUUAGCACCGUCACAGCCAUGUUCGCGACGCGAGUCAGCACAGAGUUGCGCUAGUGACACUGCCACUACUGAGUUUCCGGGUGGUAGGCGUUUUGUACGCACGCCCUCCGUAGUUGUGUCGGAUUAUUCCGAUGAAAUCAUGUGCGGCAUUACGCUCGAAGAAAUUGAAUACUUCCGCGCACAGCGUAUGCGACGACGACAUUCCUCACUGGACACCGCUAACGAAGGUGAAGGCGAAUCGGAUGUGAGCGCUUCCUCCUCCUGCAGCAACCUAUACUACUGCGGCUCAACGAUAUCCGCAUUAGACGGCGCUGAGUGCUACGUAAACGGUGUACGUACCGCUUUAGACCGUAAAACAAGCGACUGUUCGACAUAUUCAGCCAGCGCUGACGAGGAGUCAUUCAGCAUUCCCGAAGAUCCACAACAAACAGGCAAAGACCUGUCCGAACUACUGGCCGCACAGCACCUGAGCACGAAGCCAGCAGCUAAGAAGCCUUCUGGUUGGCGCAAGCUACGCAACAUUGUGCAAUGGACGCCAUUUUUCCAAACCUACAAGAAACAGCGCUAUCCCUGGGUCCAACUGGCCGGUCAUCAAGGCAAUUUCAAGGCCGGUCCCGAACAGGGCACCGUCCUAAAGAAGCUCUGUCCAAAAGAGGAGGAUUGCUUUCGUGUGCUCAUGAAGGAUGUUCUGCGCCCCUAUGUACCGGAGUAUAAGGGACAAGUGACCAGUGAGGAUGGCGAAUUAUACUUGCAACUGCAGGACUUGCUGAGCGAUUUUAAUCAGCCCUGUGUUAUGGACUGCAAGGUCGGUGUGCGCACAUAUCUCGAGGAAGAGCUCUCCAAGGCCAAGGAGAAGCCGAAGCUACGCAAGGAUAUGUAUGAGAAAAUGAUACAGAUUGAUCCGGAUGCACCCAGUGAGGAGGAGCACAAAGCGAAGGGUGUAACCAAGCCACGUUACAUGGUCUGGCGCGAGACGAUCUCCAGCACAGCGACACUGGGCUUUCGCAUUGAGGGUAUUAAGAAAAGCGACGGCACUAGCACUAAGGAUUUCAAGACCACGAAGUCUCGCCAGCAAAUCAAGCAAGCCUUUCGCGAGUUCGUCAAUGGUUUUCAACAUGCUAUGCCCCGUUACAUUCACCGUCUGCAAGCCAUUCGCGCCACACUCGAAUGCUCCGACUUCUUUCAGACACACGAAGUUAUUGGUAGUUCGUUGCUGUUCGUGCACGACCACUAUCACGCCAGCGUAUGGCUAAUUGAUUUUGCCAAGACCGUCGGCUUGCCCGAAAACCAAAAAAUCGACCACAGUAGCACAUGGACGGUGGGCAACCAUGAGGACGGCUAUCUGAUUGGCAUCAAUAAUUUAAUCGAGAUUUUCACCGAACUCGAUGCGGAAAUGGCGCUUGAAACUUCGCUUACACCAUCGUCGGCCUCUUCGUCGGCUUCGUUGUCGCCGAAACGCAAUUUGAGCGAAUCGGCACUUGACGACACAGCGUCCGGCAGCAUGUUGAGGGAAGGCGAAGUGGUAUUGGAAAUGAUUAAGCCAGCAAAGGUGGCUACAGUCGCAGAUACGCAGCCGACGCACAUUUUCGUCGAAACCAGCUCAACAGCGGAGCAGCCGUCUAGCAGCCUAUGCACCGUUGCAAAAGCAAUAGAGGAGAAAGAGUCAAUAGACGGCUCGCAAGAUGCGCACUAAGCCAGCGUUCUUGCUGCUGUACGUCUUUUGAAUGCAGUACAGAUUUUUAUGCAAAGUGGAAUGCCGCUCGAUGGCUUCACUUUAUUCAUGCACUAGAAUUCUUAGAACUCCGUGAAUAUGAAAGUUAAUAAAAUAAUAGUUUUUAGCUGGAAAUUGAAUUACUCGUAAGCACGCAAGACUGAACACAUAGUAAUUUAUUGAGUUACAUACAUACAUGCAUGUAUUUUAUAUGAGCCUACAUACAUACAAACCUAUGUACCAAUAAGUAAAUAAGCAGAAAUUACAAAAAAAUCUAAUGCUAACUUUAGCUAUGUAAAUUUUAAGCAAACAUUAAAUAUAAUUGGCACGAGAACUAUCAAGGAUAAGAGCUAGACAACAAAAACAACCGACACUGUUCAACACGAGCACACGGCAUUCGUGCGCGUAGCGGUCUGGCGUGGGAAGGCCUUGACGAUUUCGCGACUUCGACAGUAGAUAAUUAGAGCUAUUGAAAUAUUUAAGUUUAACGGUAUAUGCAACAAAUACUUCAAGCGGCUUGAAGUGGCAAAAUGCGUUGCGCUAGUUAUAUAACUGUAUUAUCAUAUCCUGUUAGCAACAAAUUAAGGCAGCGCAUGGCGUUCGAUCACUCAAAACGAUUAUUCUUUUAAUUUUAUUAUUUUCAAUUGUCACACAUAUCAUUAUCCACAUCAAUACACACAUACAUACAUAUGUACGCACACAAUCACUGUUGUUGUGUUUAAGAAAUAAUUGUAAAACUUUUUGACGAGGCAAUACUUUCAAUAAAAUAUUUGCAACACAAUUAGCUUCUGCUUAAAUAACAA